AUGGCGCCUGCACGAGUACCAGCGAAACGGAUUCUAGGUGAAGCUACGAACACUCGAAGAAAUAUUCCAUCUUCUCCUGCAUCCGCAAAGAAGCGCAAGCUCGAACCGACUUCGUCUCCAGCGACGAGGUUCAAGAGCACUCAGAAUGGACCCAAAGGGAAGGUUGGCUCCAGCCAGCCUAGUCAUUUCGAGACUGAGGUACUGGUGAAGAUGACGCAGGAUAUGGCGGGUUUGAAGAAGAGCAAUUCGGAAAAGGACCAAGCGUGGGCACGACCGAGCUUAGCAGACUUCGACCCCAAGAAAGAUAGUCUUUGUUUUCAGCAGAUUGAAUGCGAGGAAGGGACCUUUGAGGACGGGAAAGCUUGUGUCAAGCUGUUUGGCGUCACGGAGACUGGCCACUCUGCAAUGCUCCAUGUAACAGGCUUUUUGCAUUAUCUCUAUAUAGCGGCACCUGUGAAUUUCACUCCACACGACUGUGACGGUUUCAAGACGUACCUCGAGUCCCAGAUUGCACAGCAUCAACCUGCUAUACAUCACGUCCAGCUAGUCAUGCGAGAGAAUUUGUACGGCUUUUCAGGGAAUCAGCAGAAUCCAUACAUCAAAAUCACUGUCACAGACCCGAAAUUCAUAAACAAGGUCAGGAGUACAUUUGAGACAGGAAACACCAAUUACAAGAGCAUGUGGAAGAGCUCGGAUGGUAUCUUGACAUUUGACAGUAUUCAGUAUGUCUUGAGAUUCAUGAUUGACUGCAAGAUUUCUGGCAUGUCUUGGGUUGAAGUGCCAUCUGGAAAGUACGACAUAGUGCCGCAGCACCAACGGCAUUCAAACUGUCAAAUCGAAGCAUCAGUAUCAUACCGAGACCUCAUAGCACACAAGCCGGAAGGAGAAUGGGCAAAAAUGGCUCCUCUUCGAAUUCUAUCCUUUGAUAUCGAAUGCGCUGGACGCAAAGGCAUCUUUCCAGAAGCACAUCAGGAUCCUGUCAUCCAAAUUGCCAACGUUGUCACUCGAUAUGGAGAGAAGAAACCUUUUGUCCGAAAUGUUUUCUGCCUUGAUACCACCAGUUCGAUCGUCAAUACGCAGAUCUUCGAGUUCGAGAAGGAGGAGAAGAUGUUAAGUCAAUGGAGAGACUUCUUGGAAGAGGUAGAUCCUGACAUCAUCAUUGGAUACAACACUUCCAACUUCGAUUUCCCCUACCUUCUCGACCGAGCAAAACAUCUAAAGGUUGCAGGCUUCGACAAGUGGACACGAUUACACAGCGCCAGAUCUGUGUCGAAAGAGACUAAUUUCUCCAGCAAGCAGAUGGGAAAUCGUGAUACUAAGGCGACCAAUACCAAUGGACGACUACAACUUGAUUUGUUACAACUCGUUCAACGCGAUCACCAACUGCGAAGUUAUACGCUCAAUUCGGUCUGUGCUCAAUUCCUGGGCGAGCAGAAGGAAGAUGUGCACCACACAAUGAUCACUGAGCUUUUCAACGGAACUCCGGAAUCAAGACGUAGAUUGGCUGUUUACUGUUUGAAAGAUGCCUACUUACCUCAACGAUUGAUGGAUAAGUUAUCCUGUCUCGAGAAUUACACCGAAAUGGCAAGAGUCACUGGUGUUCCUUUCAAUUACCUUCUUUCUCGUGGACAACAAGUCAAGUUCGUCAGUCAAUUGUUUCGAAAAGCUUUGGAGCAGAAGCUUGUCAUUCCGAACCUUCGAACAGAUGCAUCCGAUGAACAAUACGAAGGUGCCACUGUCAUUGAGCCAACAAGAGGAUACUAUGACGUUCCGAUUGCCACACUUGAUUUUGCAUCGCUGUAUCCCAGUAUCAUUCAAGCCCACAACCUCUGCUAUACAACCCUGCUGAACAAAGCAGCAGUCGAAAAGCUAAACUUGGUCAGGGAUGUUGACUACAUCGUCACACCCAAUAACGACAUGUUUUGCACGACGAAGCAGAGAAAGGGACUGUUGGCCCAGAUUCUGGAGGAAUUGCUUACUGCAAGAAAGCAAGCAAAGCGAGAACUCGCGACUGAGACUGAUCCUUUCAAGAAAGCCGUGCUGAAUGGUCGACAACUGGCCUUGAAGAUCAGUGCCAACAGUGUCUACGGUCUGACUGGUGCUACGGUCGGCAAACUUCCUUGUCUCGCCAUUGCCAGUAGUACUACCAGUUACGGUCGUCAGAUGAUUGAGAAGACGAAGGAAGAAGUGGAGAAGAAGUACACGAUUGCCAAUGGAUACUCUCACGAUGCCCAAGUCAUAUAUGGUGACACCGAUUCGGUCAUGGUUAAAUUUGGCGUCAAGGAUCUGGCCACGGCAAUGAAGUUGGGUGAGGAGGCAGCAACGUUUGUUUCGUCCAAGUUCAUCAAGCCUAUAAAGCUUGAGUUCGAGAAAGUCUACUUUCCAUAUCUUCUCAUCAACAAGAAGCGAUAUGCUGGUCUGUAUUGGACGAACCCAGACAAGUACGACAAGAUGGACACCAAGGGUAUCGAGACUGUUCGCAGAGACAAUUGUCGCUUGGUUCAGAACGUCAUUGAGACAGUUCUCCGGAUGAUCUUGAUCGACCAAGACGUCCAAGGUGCUCAAGACUAUGUCAAGGAUACGAUUUCGGAUCUCUUGCAGAACAAGAUCGACAUGUCAAAGCUUGUGAUCACAAAAGCACUCGCGAAGGCCGAUUACACUGCCAAGCAGGCACACGUCGAGCUUGCAGAACGAAUGAAGAAACGAGAUGCCGGUUCAGCGCCUACUCUUGGAGACCGUGUCGCCUAUGUCAUCAUCAAAGGUUCUGCAGGCGCCAAGAACUUCGAGAGGUCCGAAGAUCCGAUCUUCGUGCUUGAGAACAACAUUCCCAUUGACACGAAGUACUAUCUCGACAACCAGCUCGCCAAACCUCUAGGCAGAAUCUUCGAGCCUAUCCUUGGCGAAACAAAGGCAAACUCCCUGCUAGCAGGCGACCACACACGCUCAAUAUCGGUCGCCGCUCCCUCCAUUGGCGGGCUCAUGAAAUUCGCCAAGAAAACCUUUACCUGCAUGGGCUGCAAGAAGCCUCUCGUAGGUAAAACCGAAGCCGAAGGAGCAGUAUGCUCCAACUGCGCCCCUCGAGUAGGAGAGCUCUACCAAAAGACCUUGAGCAAAGUCAGUGAUCUCGAAGUGCGAUUCAGCAGACUAUGGACACAGUGCCAGAGAUGUCAGGGUAGUAUGCAUUGUGAGGUUAUUUGCUCCAGCAAGGAUUGUCCGAUUUUCUACAUGCGUAUGAAGGCUAAGAAGGAUGUGGAGGAUGCCGGAAAGGAGUUGAGUCGAUUUGAUAGGGAUGCUGCUGCUUGGUAA